UUUGAGUCGUGUCAGUGUGGAGAAACAUUGUGCGGGGUUAUAUAAGCUGAAUUUACUCCAAGCUAAACCAAAUUACUCCUACAUUCGGAUACAACAAUACGAAACUAUUAACUACGUAAGCUAACAGGACAAACAACUUGGAACCAUGCAUGAAAAUGUACUUCAACCGGUUGGAAAUCGCCAGCAAACUGGUCCAUCUUCAUAUGGCUUCUCUUCUCUGGAGGAUAUCUACUCACGGAAGACGUCUGCGGUUGUACAGCCGAUGCCAAUACAUCGCGUUACAAAUACACCUGAUAAAGAGAACCAGCCGCUGAAGCCAAUUGGCAUCUCGCCUGUUCUUCCCGGAACCGGAAGUGUAACUCACAACAUAACGCGCAUGCUUGGAGACUCUGGUCAGCAGCCGAGAAGUCAACUUCCGAGCACUGCAACCCGUGCAUCGCACUACUCUCCAUACAGCACUUCACACUUCAUGUCAUUUAGACAAAAGAUUCUGAAUGAUAGCAAGUCUAGCCAUGAAGACGACAGUACCGUUGAUGUAGAAAAUGACAGCCAUGAACAGCUCAGGACCAGUGACCUACCAAACACCACCGAUAUGUCAAUCUCCACACAGGGCUCUACAUCUCCGCAGUCAGUGGGGUCUAGAUCUUCUCCGUCUGGUUCAACAAACUCCUCGCCUGGCUCGAACGCUGAUCCUGUUACCAGCCCAGAAAACAACGAAGAACAACCAAAGAAAAAGGCGCGCACCAACUACACAAAUGAGCAGGUGCAGAAGUUAUUGAAAAUUUUCCAUGAAAACCCAUACCCCGAUUCAGAGAUGAUGGAGACUAUUGGAAAAGACUUGGGUGUUCCUGAAAACAAAAUUAAGAUCUGGUUCCAAAACAAGAGAGCAAGAUGGCGCAGGCGUGUCAACGACGUGAACAACUACCCACAACCGUUCCUUCCGGUGUCACCUAUGCUAUCACCGGUUGCUCCUUACGGAUUUAUGCCAACAGGGCAUAUGAUGACGUCAUCACCGCCACAGGCGAUUCCGGGAUACUUCAAUUACCCAUGGAUGCAAGGAUCAUUGAGCCCAAACAACAACCAACAGCUUCCGGGUCAGUUUCCAGCCAAUCAGGCUCAGUCUAGACUUCAAGCAACCAAUCAGGGAGCUAGUUUACAAAACCAACAUUUUCCCGCCGUUUCAAUGGUACCAACGACUGUGUCGUCUGCAUCAGCAUACGGUUUGAAGACAUCUCCUCAGCAAAUGUCACAGACAAACAGACAUUCAUUCCAGUAUCCAUCGUUUUUAUAUCAGUCAAGCCUGGGUACAUCAGCAUAUGGACAGAGUUAACAGUGAAAAGUGACUAUCAAUUUGUUACGAUUUUUAUGUAAAUAGGUUGUUAUUGGAUUUCGUUACCUACUGGAAAAUGAAUGAAGGCUUUGGAAAGAAAGCCUUUUAAAAACUGUAAUAAUUAUUAACUUUCACAACUGCAUAUUGUUUAAUUUGGACUCUGAAGUGAAAUAAUACCAUUGGUAUUUCUGUACAUUUGUAAAUUUAUAAUUUAUUUUUCAUUUCAAAGUCUUCAUUAUACAUAUUUUCAUGUAAAAUAAAAUGCUAAUAAAUGUACAUGUUAAA